AUGCAAGCCUUUAAAAAGAUUUUAGAUGAUUGCGUUCCACUCAUUAGAUUUACCCUUAUGAAACCAACAGAAUUCAGGGAGAAAGUGUGGCCAUAUAAAGAUUGCAUACCUUCAAAAUUAUAUGAUUCAAUAUUAUGGCAUUUUUUAUCACCGGACAUACAACCGACACCAUUUGAACCAAGAUUGAAAACCAUUGAUAGUAAAUUAAUAACAUUAAAACAUGCAGCGUUGAUUGCCACUUGGAUUGAUAAAAAAGAAGGAAAACCAUAUGCACAUACAGAGAUUCCUUAUGAAUUUUCCCUUUUGAUGCGCGGAAGUUGUGAUGGUUAUUCCCAACAAACCCUACAUCAACGUUGUGGGGGACAAGCUAAAACCAUCAUGUUGAUGAAAAUUAAAUCGACGGAAGAAAUUUUUGGAAUGUAUAUUAGUAGUGUUUGGAGUAAUAACAUAUCGGCUAGACAUGACAGUUUUAUGUUUAGUUUUGGUGAAGGUAGAGAUACCAGAGAUCCUGUUUUGAGUAGAGUUAGGGCCGCGGGUUAUGAUUUGGCCUUAACGAGAGGUCAAGAAAGAGGUAUGGAGGAAUUAGAAAUGUUUAAAAUUACCAGCAAAACUCUCUUUUCCGGUUUUUAA